AUGGACAACAGAAACGCCCAGAUGUCCAUGGAGGGUAGUACUAAGGCUCUAGAAACCCAGCCAAGUCCUGGCCUGAGGACCACCAGAAAGAGGGCUGGUGUGGAGCCCACCAUAUCAGGAGUCAGCCAGGUCAUGUUUCCAGAUCCUUCAGGAAUAGGUAGUGGGAAACAGCCCUCAGCUUCCGGAGGGCUGGAGAAGAGGCCCGGACACAGAGAGGCAUCUGAGGAAGGGCCUCCAGAGCUCAAGACUCAGGAGCAGAGAUCUCCAGCAAGACCAGGGAAGAUGCAGCUAUCUUGGGCCCCUCAAGAAGGGUCUGGGGAGCUGCAAGCAGGCCAGGAUCAGGCCAAGCCACAGAGUGAGCUGGGGUUGCUGCCUUCCAGGGUUCUAGCAGCAGCUGAAGGGCUGCAGCAGCUGGGCUUGGGGAGAGAGACCGAGGACCAGCAGGGGAGGCAGAGGAACUCAGGAACUGCGGAGAGUCAGCCCUUGGAGAGCUGCCAGCAGGGCCUGCAGUAUCAGUUCAUCCCAGGUCACCAGGCAGCAAAUGGGCCAGACAUGGUGCAGCCAACAGAGCUUUGUUGUACUUUGGACAGCUAUGGACAGCCACUGGGCGAUGAGCCCCCCAAGGAGGUGGGCCUGCUAUACUUCAGGCCACAAGGGGCUCUGCCAAAGCCUGGCCCAGGGGGACAUGAGGACAGCUCUCAGGAAGUAAUGUUCCUGAUGCCUGUGGUGACUCCCGAAGGAAAGUCAGCCAAUCCCUUCCUGCCAUCCACACCAGGACCUAGAACACCCAAAGAAGAGUAA